AUGAUGCCGAAGAUUAUCGAGAAUCUUGGACCUAACAUUCACAAAGCUCAAUACGAGUUACUAGAAUCUACUGGUAAUUUUAUUAUAUCCAGCAUUUAUUGUGUACGUCUACAAUUUGAGAAUAAAACAAAUAGAAAGAACGAGGAAUUGUCUAUAAUACUGAAAAGACCCGUUUUAUCGGCCAGAUUUAAUCAAAUAGCUCGUACUGAUCUUCAAUUUCGCAACGAGAUUCUGUUCUAUCAAAUGUACAGCCAACCGGGCGAGAAUUACGCGAGAUGCUUAUACUUUGAAGAACGACCGCCCAUCGACUCUAUAAUCGCUUUAGAAAACAUCAAUGAACGAGGAUAUUAUCCUUGUCCAUAUAAAUACAAUCCCCCAGUGGAAUACACUUUUGCGGCGAUGCGUGAACUGGGACGAUUUCAUGGUAAAGGAUAUGUCAUGAAGGAAAUGCAACGGGAAAAAUUCUUUGAUAUCGUAGCACAAAUUCAAGAAGUUAGAUUUACAAACGAAACGGAGAAUCUUUACAAGAUUGGUUGCAACAUGAAGACAUCACGAGUGGUCGAAUAUCUUCGCAGCCAGGAUCAUGAUGCAGUUUUCUGUGAUAAGAUGGAAGUCUUACUUUCGAACGUGUUUGAAGUAAUGAUAAAAACGGCACAGCCCCAAGAACCUUUAGCCACGUUGUGUCACGGUGAUUUUACGUUGAGCAAUAUUCUCUUCAAGACAGAAGACAAUGAUGAACAGCUGCCUCUCCCAGUAUUAAUUGAUUUCGCGCUUAUUAGAUACUCGACGCCCGUUAUUGAUCUCUCCACAUAUCUUCAUCUAUGUUGCUCAAAUGAAAUGAGGAAUGAAAAAUUUUUCGAGUUCAUGCAGGCCUACCAUGACUCGCUUAUAAAAUAUCUAUUGGACGCUGGCAUACAGGAUAUUGAAAAAUACUCGUACAACGCUUUGUUGGUCGAUUUUAAAAGAGGUGCUCUCUUUGGUUUCGCUCUUACGUGUGCCUUUGUACCAAUAUUACUGGGAUAUAUUAGUCCAGAUGUACUAGUGCAAGAAAUAAUAGAUUUGGGUCCUUUGGAAGCUAUGAAGAAACAAAGAUACGCCGGCGGAGACGAAGUAUCUAAAUUACUAGCUGAUUCCUUGCUGUAUAUGAGAGAUUUUGGCUGUCUGAAUCAUAUUUUAUAA